CCAUUUUGUUUAUUUUCAGAUGCAUUUUUACUAUUUUAUUGACCGUAGCAGAAGAAUGGCAAACCAAAUUAUAUUUCAUUGUAUCACUCUUGUGUUUAUUGCAAAUGAAAAUGUUAUGACUUCGAACCUGACAGUUCCUUGUAAGUUUGAGAAACUUUGUUCAUGUUCAUUUACAACGCAAAAAAUGUUAAAAGCCGACUGUAGUGGAGAAAGUCUGGAUAAUAUUCCAACAAACCUUCCUUCCGAUUUGACAAACAUAUCAUUAGCACGAAACUUAAUUUCUAAGAUUAAAAAUGGGACAUUUGAAGCGAACAUACAUCUUCUCUACUUGGAUUUGUCAUCUAAUUACAUUAAUGAGCUGCAUUCAAGAUCAUUUCAAGGUCUUUCGAAACUGGAGACUUUAAUUAUCAGUAGUAACCGCAUAGACCCUUCCGCUAUUUCUAUGGCCGUCUUCAAGCCAUUAAAAGCCUUGCUGCACCUUGCGAUAAAACAAAAGUUCAUAGACCCGUUUUCGCUCAAUGUUUCUUCGUUGGUACAGCUCAACACUCUAAAGAUCGAUGCUGUAUCUCAUGGCAAGGAUCCAUUUGAUGUUAAAUAUGCACAUCUUCGUUUCCUACAAGAAGUGGACGUGUCUGGAUUCUCGGGAUACUGUAAGAUGACAGUUCUUAUGCCAAAUACGUUUAAAUAUAUUCCUUAUGUUAAACGGCUAGAUUUGAGCAAGUGUGGUAUCAAUGCGAUUUUGAGCGGAACAUUUAGAGGUCUGGUUUAUUUGAAGUAUCUUGAUUUGUCUGACAAUAGAUGUCUUAAAUUCAAAGGACUUGCAAACGUCACAUAUGAUCUGCCGUCAACUUCAUUAGAAAUUUUACGAAUCAACAAAAUCCAUCAAACUUUUGAUCUGAAUACAAUAAUGACUACGUGUGAGAUAAAGCCUCUUAGACGUACCAAUAUAACACAGAUAUACCUUAACAGCAAUCGGAUGCAGUUACUCGAAGAGGGUGCAAUGGAAUUUUUUCCUAAAACUCUAAAAAUAUUGUCAAUUGCUGACAAUGAAUUUAGUUUUGCUGGACGAUACAUUGGUGAUUUGUUUGAAUUGACAGUACAUGAAGUAAAUAUGUCUUAUUUGGGAAUGUCACAUUUCUUGAAGAACUUUGAAGAAUCCUGUGAUCAUACACUCGUAACUCCUUCACGUUGCAAUAACAACCCUGAUGUGUACAAGAAAGUUGCAUUCAAAGGACCCAAUUUGAACAAUGAUACAAGCUACACCUUUUUCGGUUCGUUUGGUGAUGAAAUAGUUUGGAUUCCCAGUCAAUUAAGGAAAUUGCACUUGAGAGAAUGCAAGUUACGGUACUAUCUUCCUGAUAUUACGUUUUCAGAUAAUUUGUUGGAGUACGCCGACUUUUCUUCCAACACCUUUUAUGACUGGCAGGGUCCACUCGGAAAUCUUAAUCAGUUGAAAUUCUUUAACUUAUCAAAUAACUAUUGUUCCAAAGUAUCUGCCAGAUUCUUUACAGGCAUGCCAAACCUUACAACCCUUUUAGUGCAAAACAAUCUAUUAGGAUUUGUUUUACCGGGCGAUAUUAGCGGAGAGAUACUAGCACCACUUACUAAACUUGAGGUUCUAGAUUUGUCUGACAAUAGAAUUACAAGCUUGCCAUCAGUGUUCUUUAAUGCCCAAAUACAACUACGAACACUAAACUUGAGCGGGAAUUUACUUGAAACUGCUACUUUUGAAAUAAUACAAAUGACCAAACUUUCACAUUUAGACAUAUCAAAUAAUAGAUUGUCCGUUCUGGGCACAUUUUUCACAAAACAGUUAGAUCAACUCUCAGAAAUUGUUCCUGACUUGACUGUUAAAUUAUCGGGUAAUCCCAUUAAAUGCAUAUGCGAAACAAUUGAGUUUAUUCAGUGGUUGUCAAUUACAAAGAUUCAUGUUCAAAACUUGUUGCACCAAGAUUGCCGAUCUCUUCAAAUGCAUCUGAAUAGUUCAAAAGUCAUUUACGAAUAUUUAAAGAAGAAAUGCUCCUCAUAUACGACAACAAUUGUCGCUGUUGGAUCAUGGGUAGCCAUUUUUGCAUUUGUCAUAAUUGCUGGAAUUAUUUAUCGCUACAGAUGGAAGCUUCGUUAUGCAUAUUAUAUAGUGAAAGGCAAACAUCAUGGUCAAAUCAAACCUCUUAGAACAUAUGAUGAUUUCCAGUAUGAUGCAUUCGUUUCUUACGCCGACGAAGAUGAGACGUUUGUUCAUAGGAAGUUCCUAAAAAAAUUAGAAGACGAUCGAAAUAUUAGUUGUUGUGUGCACAAACGAGACUUUUUGGCCGGAAAUGAUAUCGCAACAAAUAUAACAUCCGCCAUUCAUAACAGCCGUAAAACAGUCGUAAUAUUGUCGCAUCAUUUCUUACAAUCUGAUUGGUGUCUAUUUGAAUUUAAUAUGGCAAAAAUGGAGAGUAUCUACUCAAGAAGUAAAGAAAACAUUAUAUUACUUGUGUUCCUUGAACAAAUAUCAUCUAAAGAUCUACCAUUGAAUAUUUUGGAACUUAUCCAAUCAAAAUCGUACAUUGAGUAUCCGAACGACGAAUACGGGGAUGUCGUGUUUUGGGAUAAACUCAAGGAGACAUUGUCAGUCUAAUGACUCGUGAGCAUAUGGCAUUUACCGAAUACACUUGUUGACUGUAAUUGUGUUAUUGGGACUUUGUAUUUAAAACAAAAAUGGGCGUCUGGAAACUACUUUGCCUGGUGAAGUUGUAAAUCUGGUAGGCUGGUUCUCUCCCUUGCAACAUCUGAGACACCCUUGUAAAAGGACAGGGAACCAGUCUAUAAAUCUUGUAUUUGAACAAAAAAAAAUGAAAAUUGAUAUGCUUAGAAUAUCUUAAAUGUUAUAAAUGUCGAUAUAUUGAGUACUUGUAAGAUGGAGCUGAGAAUGUAAUGAUAAAUAUGUUGUCAAAAUGUAGGAACUAGACUAUAUAUAUGUACAAAUAUGUUUUUUUAAUUCUUAAAUUGUUAACUCUAAAGCAAAUUAUAUAAUGAUAUUAAAUAUUACUUGUAUAGUAAGGCUACUGUGUAAACUGAUCGAUGAGCUUUUGUUCAGUUUUCAAAUCAUUUCUUGCUUAUUCAGAUGUUAAUACUUCCUUCUGUCAAGUUUCCUUGUAGCGAUUUCGUCCUCUGUAUAAGCAACUCUGGAUGUGAUAUUUUUGGGGGUUGAAAAUAAAAUAAAACGAGAGUAAAAACGAACAUACUUUACAGGAAAGGCAAUACGUAACCGGAAAUAAUGGGGAGACUGACAAAACGAGGCAAACCGAAAUUACAAUUGACAAAGACCAGUAAAUAGACUCCAUCAUCUCUAGCGCUGGACUUUAUUUCUUCAGCACUUGAGAUGAAAAUCCAUUGCUGGACUUUUUAUCUCAAGCGCUGAACUUUCAAUCGUCAUCGCUGGAAUUUGUAUCUUCAGUGCUGGGCUUUGCAUCUUUAAACUGGAAAUAACAUCUUCAGCGUUUAUGUUUUCAGCGCUUGAGUUUACAUCUUCAGCUCUUGACUUUACCUCUCCUUUUUUUAAUCUUUAGUGCAUGAAUAUAUAUUUUCAGUGUGGAGUUAAAUCUUCAGUACUAGAUUUGUAAGAUGUAUCAAGUGGAUUUUAUCUGACCAACACUUGAAUUUAUAUCUCUAGCACUAGAGCUCACAUCUCUUGUGCUGGCCUUUGUAUCUUCAGCGCUUGACUUUAAAUCCGCAGCGCUAAAGUUGAAAUUCCUAGCGCGAGACUUUAAAUAUCAGCGCAUGGCCUUAUAUUUUCAGCGCUUGAUGAUACAGUCAGUGUUAGAUUUGUAAUUUAUCUCAAGUGCUGGCUUUCUUAUCAGCAGUUUUUAAGUUAACAUUCAAUACUAGAGUUUGUAUCCUCAGCUCGGGAGUUUACAUCAUCCGCACUGUAGUUUUCAUAACUUGUGCUGUACUUUUAUCUUCCGCGUUGGACUUUAUAUCACCAGCGCUUGACUUAAAAAAAACAUACAAAUAUCUAUUUGUAUGAGACUAACGUGGUCUCGAUCAUUUGCCAGCACUGCGAUUCGAACACAGUCGGUGAGGAGUGUCAUUAUUUGUGUGUAUGUGCUAGCAAACAAAUAGCACCAAUAGAGAAAAAUAUAUACCUAUAUAUUAUACCAAAAUAUACAUCUAAGUUAAAAGUAAUGGGGUUAUUUUCAUAUUGUAAGGUUUUUAAGGCGUAUUAAAAAGAUAUUGUUUGUUUCUUCUUAGAAAUGGAAAUACCAUGUUUUUCACAUUGUAAAUUUAUGUAUAGAUGAGUAUCAUUUAAUUGUUGUAUACCGUUUUUUUUUUUAUAAUAUACUUUAUUGUUGAUAUAUCCAUCCAUAUUUGUAAAGCAAAGUAAUACAAUGUUUUAAUUGAUAAUAUUAAAAAGGUCGCCCAAAUUUUAGAAAGUUUGUCUCAUUCUCAAACUUAAAAGUAUUUUGAUUCCCGAUAAAGAUAUAUUGUCCAGUGUUGUUGACUAUAAAAAGCUAUCUGCAUUAUUGCUAAAAAGCGGUCCACAUUGGUCAAUUAUAUAUACUAAUGAAUUGAUAACAUAUAUGUUUUUCUCGUGUUGUAUUUAAAUAUUCUGUUUUUGUAUUUCUUAACCAGUUAUGAUUUCGUUUAUGCAAUAAAGUUAUUUCUCUUA